CAAAUGAUCUUCAAAAAUAUUUAGAUAGUUGGAUAAAGGAAAGUUGUUAUAUAAAAAUUUUUAAAAAAGCUAACAAAAUAACUAAGUAUGAUUCUGGACCUUUAAAUGAUUGUGCAAAUGCCAUAAGUUCAUAUCAGUUUAUAAACCGUUUAAAAGGUUCAAAACCUACGAACAAAUUUGGUUCUACUGUAUCACAAAAUAAUGAAUGCGUUAUUUUUGAUUCAAAUUUUAAUGUAAAAUGA